UGGCUUGAAGCACUUGGGAUGACGUUCUAGAAGUCCAGUGCUUUAACUUUGAGUGAUAAAGACUCAGUCAGUUCCUUCACUAAAUUUGAUCGCAACAAGUUGUCAACUCGAAAAGAAGUCUCUAUCAAAUCACAACAGUCACAGUAUCACAAACCAUUUAUCUUAAAUCAAAGUCAAAGGAUUAAUACACCAACAUGCCCGCCAUCCAAGUCGAAGCCACAAACGCUGCUCGCGAUGUCGCAAAGGUCGUCGCCCGCGUCACAACCUCGACUCGUAUCGGCAGAACUCGAAGCGGUGUCCGGGUAAUCGGAGGCGGCAUCAUCGCAGCGAUCGUCGUCGGCGUAGUCAUCUUCCUCGCCGUUGUCAUCAUCGGCAUCUGUCUCUUCCGCCGACACAAGACCCAGAGCAAGAGACGUCAGCAGGAGAUGAACAAAUACUACGGUGGCGACGGCCGAUCCAGCAUCGGCACUGACGCCCCUCCGCCCGGCCCGGGAUACGGAAACAACAACACCAACAACGGCUAUGGCUACACCCAAGGUUACGGACAAGGUCAGAACCAGGGCUACGGAUAUGCGCACAUGGCUCAGCCUGGUGAGGCUGGGUACGUGGCACCGAACAACGGCGGCGUAGCCCCGAUGGCGCCUGCUUAUACCGCCGACCAUGUCACGCACACGAAGUAAAUGAUGGUAUGAAAGAAGACUGAGCAAGUGAACGAGGAUAGUUGCUGUACAUGACACGAUUAUGUUUUGUAUUUAUAGUGC